AUGUCUGAUCAAAUCUUGCAAGGUCUGGAAGUACCAGCUAUCAUUGCAAAAGAAGAAUGUAUUUAUUGUUUCGAGACGCCCUAUAACCCCGAAAAGCCAGGAAGUAAAGAGCAACAGCUCACGGACUCCACGAAGGCUGCCCAUACACUUAACAUUUGCUUAGUUUGCUUCCAAGCUGUUUGUCCCAGACACACACCUUUCCACAUUGAAGUCGGCAAACAUAAUGAUGCACAGCAUUUUGAUUACUUAAAUGUGGCAAAAGUAAGGAAAUAUGAAGACAUGCUGGAUGGUGAAGAAGAUGAAGAUACCAACUCUAGUAAAAAGAUCAAAUUACAAGUUAUAGAGAAAUCAAGAGAUGAGGACUACAAUGACGUUUGGAGUCUUUUACAUUUUGAAUCCUCUCAAAGUUCACCUCAUAUAGUUUUAAAAUCCAAUGAAGCCAAUGCUGCACAGACAGAAAAGGUGGAUCAUGUCUUGAAUGCAAAAUCUCAAGACUUGGCUGAUCAAGCCAACGUUUGGGAGCUAGAUAUUAAGCCAUGCAAGCAUGUCGAUAGUUUCUCGUUUGCCAAUGUACAAGAGAAACCCUUAGAAACACACUGCUCGAGUUGCGAAUUGACUCAAAAUUUGUGGAUUUGUCUUUAUUGUGGAAACUUAGGCUGUGGUAGAGAACAAGUUGGUAUUGAGGGGCAUUCCCAUGCACUCGAGCACUUUAAGUCAAAAAAUGAUCACUGCUUAGCGAUCAAACUAGGCUCUUUGAGUAGUUCCUCCUUCGACUUGUAUUGUUAUGCAUGUGAUGAUGAAGUAAAAUUCAAUGACUUACAAGUACUGAAAACAACUUUGGCUAAAUAUGGGAUUGAUAUGGACAAGAAAUCAGCCGAUGAGAAAACCUUGGUUGAAUUGCAGGUUGAACAGAAUAUGAAUUGGGAUUUUAAAAUGGUAGAUGAAAAGGGACAGCAAUUAAAACAACUCAACGCAAGUCAGGAACUUGGCUGUGGGCUUAUUAAUUUAGGAAAUUCCUGCUAUUUGAAUUCUACUCUUCAAUGCCUAUUUAAUGGGGGUGUCAAAGGCUGGGAUACUGACAUGCUAGGUAAUUCACCUUCUUUAAAUGUUGUUUAUCCUGCCAAUAAUUUGAAAUCCCAAUUGACAAAAUUGAGAACUGCUUUGAAAGAAGAGCCAACUAUUUACAAGCAAGGUAUCAGGCCAAAGUCAUUCAAAAAAUGCAUUGGUGGCAGUCACGAAGAAUUCAGCUCUGGAAGACAACAGGAUGCUUUAGAAUUCUUUACUUACUUUGUUGACGAACUGGAUAAAAAAUUAUUUAAAAACUCCGACUACAACCCUAAUGAUUUAAUGAAAUUUAUGAUGGAGGAUCGGCUACAAUGCCAAGAGUGUCAUGGUGUUAAGUACAGCACAGAAACCUCAAAUGUAAUCCAAUUACCACUUCAAGAGAGCAAUGAUGCACAAGAUCUAGAAGAAAGAAUAAAUGCAUAUUUUUCUGGCGAAGUUAUUGAAUUUAAAUGUCCAAAUUGUAAGAAAAUGGUAAAUGCUGUAAAGAAGCCUGCAAUGAGGACCUUUCCUGAUACUUUAGUCAUCAACCCUAUCAGGAUAAAGAUCGAGAAUUGGACUCCUGUCAAAACUAGUAAUCUAUUGACCAUUCCGGGUCUUGAAACUCCUACUGAAGUUUUGGAAUUAACUCAAUAUAAAGGAAAUGGUUUGCAAAAGGACACAGAAACUCAAUUAAAUGAUGAUAAUGACGAAAUUCAAUUUGAAGUUAACGAAACAUUUGUUAAUCAACUUAUGGAAAUGGGUUUUACUGAAAAUGCCUGCGUGAGAGCCUUGUACCAUACUGGCAACAAAGACCCUGAAUUGGCAAUGAACUGGCUUUUUGGGCAUAUUGAAGAUGCAGACGUUAACGCGGAGUUUAUACCACCUAAGAAGGCUAAGAAUGAUGUCAACCCUGAGCACAUAUCUAUGAUGGUCGGAAUGGGACUUGAUCCAAAAUUAUGUAGAAAGGCUCUAAUUUUAAAUAACCAUGAUGUCACUCGUAGUGUUGAUUGGGUGUUCAACAACAUGGAUGACGAUGGCGAAAUAGAAGAAUUGAAAGAGCAGAGCGACACUUCGAAGACUUACGGCCACCAUGAUGCCAAGCCUUACGAACUAUCUGCAAUCAUCUGCCACAAGGGUAACUCAGUUCACUCAGGCCACUAUGUGGCUUUCAUUAGGAAAAUGGUAGACGGCAAACCCACUUGGGUUCUUUACAAUGAUGAGAAAAUAGUUGUAAGCAACAAUUUUGAAGAAAUGAUGAAGAACAGUUACAUGCUAUUUUACUCCAGGACCUGA